AUGCUAAUGAAAAUGAAGUUCAAUAAAAUAUCGGUUUCAUAUUUGUUCCUUGUAUUUCAAGCAAUCUUCUUCCGAAAAUACGAAUGCAAAGUUGUGCAGUUCAUCUUUGGAGAUUCGCUUUCCGAUGUCGGGAACAAUAAUUAUUUCUCCAAGAGUCUUGCUAAGGCAAACUUACCAUGGUAUGGCAUCGAUUUUGGUAGUGGCAUGCCUAAUGGGAGAUUCACUAAUGGUCGUACAGUUGCUGAUAUCAUAGGUGAUAAGAUGGGAGUUCCGAGGCCACCGGCUUUCAUGGAUCCAACGUUGACUGAGGAUGUGAUCUUAAGUAAUGGAGUAAACUAUGCUUCUGGAGGUGGUGGAAUUUUGAACGAGACCGGCGGUCUCUUUGUACAGAGAUUAUCAUUCAACAAGCAAAUUGAGUUAUUUCAAGGAACACAGCAAUUGAUAAGAGCCAGAAUAGGGGAUGAUGCGGCUGGGAAGUUUUUCCAGGAAGCAAGAUAUGUGGUGGCUUUGGGAAGUAAUGAUUUCAUCAACAACUAUUUGAUGCCUGUUUACCGUGAUUCCUGGUCUUACACUGAUACUACCUUCCUUGAAUAUUUGAUGGAUACCCUCCAAGGCCAACUUAAGUUGUUACAUGGCUUAGGGGCAAGGCAGGUAAUCGUUUUUGGACUAGGCCCAAUGGGUUGUAUACCACUUCAAAGAGUAUUGAGUUCAGAUGGUGGUUGCCAGGAGAAGCCCAACAAAUUGGCCCAAGACUUUAAUCAAGCAGCAAGCAAGCUUGUCAAUGAUUUGAAUGCCAACCUUGUAAAUGCUUCCUUCAAAUUUGGAGAUGCAUAUGAUGUGGUCAAUGAUGUUAUCACUAAUCCCUCCAAAUAUGGAUUUUCGAAUGCGGAUUCACCAUGCUGCUCUUUCGGACAAAUUCGACCGGCACUAACUUGUAUCCCGGCAUCAACGUUGUGCAAAGACCGAAGUAAAUAUGUGUUUUGGGAUGAAUAUCAUCCUUCUGACAGUGCUAAUGCUAUAAUCGCCCGGGAACUUAUGAACAAAUUUGGGUAUUUGGGCGGCACUGCUUCUGCUCCGUCACCAUCAGCUAUGCCUCCAUCCUCAUCUCGUUAA